UCCUCCCCCAAGCCUUUGCGGCGGUCUGAAAACGCCAACUAGCUGCCAUGCUAGCUGCUAUGCUAACGGGCUGCUACAGGCAGGUGACAGUUAGCCGUCCUCCCCGUCGAAGGCAGCCCGAGGCGGACAACACAAGCAGGAGGAAGCACCAUUGACAGCUAAAGAAGACUCUCAGAUGUGAUGUCAUUGUGGCUGCUGUCAUCAAGCAAAAAGAUCUGCCUAUGCUGCUGUCGUCCUAAUUUUCUGGAUCUACUAUUUGGGAGUGUACUUUUUAUUUUCUUGGGUAAUUAUGGAACUGGAAGGAGCAUAAGAGGACAACAUUGCAAAAUCACUCGCUGCUGUUAGAGUGAGGACUAAACAAAAAAAAAAUGCAGGCCCACUGAGAGGCACCACGUGCUACACGGACACCAAGCUUCCUAUCUGUAUGGUGCUUUUUUUCUCUUUUCCUGUUUUCUCAUAGUUUUGGAGGAUUGAGCACAAGGGCUACUUUGAAGCAGGACACAGGUGCCUGUAGCCCGGCCGAAGCCCACAGACCGCUUGCCAGCUCACUUAAUUCACGACAUUUGGUGCCACUGCUCACUGAAGUGUGGUCACCAGUGCCAUGAAUGGGGGCUGGAGGACGCACCCGUGAGGAACCGAACCCUUGCAAUUGACAACACUGAUCACAUUUCUAAUGUUUUGCUCAGUGAGGACUUGUUUUCCAUUUUGAGCUCUGUUUUUCAUUGUGUUGGGGAAAUAAGAGACCAGGACCUACUUUUACAAACUGGACAGAGGCUUGCUCCAGGGGAGGAUGAAGCUAAGGAAACAGGUGACAGUGUGUGGCGGGGCCAUCUUUUGUGUGGCUGUAUUCUCACUCUAUCUCAUGUUGGACCGUGUCCAGCAUGAACCUGCUCGACGACAAAAUGGUGGAAAUUUUCCAAGGAGCCAAAUUUCUGUCCUGCAGAAUCGGAUAGAACAGCUGGAGCAGCUGCUUGAAGAAAACCACCAAAUCAUCAGCCACAUAAAAGACUCUGUCAUGGAGCUCACAGACACAGGAGCAGUGUCUCCCAGCGGCCAUCUGCCCUUCAGAAGUGCCAAUGGCUCCUGGGUCCUUCCCUUUGACGGCCACCCUACUUUUCUUGCUGUAAAGCCCCAGGACUGCCAGUUCGCUGCAGGUAGCCAAAGUCAGGCAGAUGUUCAGAUGUUGGAUGUAAACUCUCUGCUAAAGUUUGACAACCCCGAUGGUGGUGUGUGGAAACAGGGCUUUGACAUCACCUAUGAUGCUGAUGAGUGGGACAAAGAACCCUUGCAAGUGUUUGUGGUUCCACACUCACACAAUGAUCCAGGUUGGGUUAAAACUUUUGACAAGUACUUCACAGACCAGACACAGCAGAUAUUAAACAACAUGGUGGUAAAGCUUGCUGAGGAUCCUCGCAGGAAGUUUAUCUGGUCAGAGAUUUCCUUCUUCGCAAAGUGGUGGGAAAGCGCUGAUGCACAAAAGCAGGAGGCUGCGCGCAAGCUGAUCCUCGGAGGACAGCUAGAGAUUGUGACAGGAGGCUGGGUGAUGACUGAUGAAGCCAAUGUUCACUACUUCGCCAUGAUAGACCAGCUCAUUGAGGGACACCAGUGGCUUGAAAGAAACCUAGGUACAACUCCACGCAGUGGGUGGGCAAUAGAUCCUUUUGGUCACAGCUCCACUAUGGCUUAUGUGUUGAAAAAGGCCAACCUGACAAGUAUGCUCAUACAGAGGGUCCACUACUCGGUCAAAAAGCAUUUUGCUGCCACUCGCAAUCUGGAGUUUAUGUGGCGGCAGAACUGGGACACUGGAUCCAGUUCAGACAUAUUUUGCCACAUGAUGCCCUUCUACAGCUACGACGUCCCUCAUACCUGCGGGCCUGACCCAAAGAUCUGCUGCCAGUUUGACUUCAAGAGGCUACCAGGUGGACGGAUCAAUUGUCCAUGGAAGAUUCCACCUAAAGCUGUGGUGGAGGCAAAUUUAGCAGAACGGGCACAACUAAUCCUCGAUCAAUAUCGGAAAAAGUCCAAACUUUUCCGAAGCAAGGUGCUUCUCAUCCCCCUGGGGGAUGACUUCCGCUAUGACAAGGCCCUGGAGUGGGACCAGCAGUACACCAACUAUCAAAACCUCUUUGACUACAUGAAUUCUCACACUGAGAUGCACGUCAAGGCUCAGUUUGGUACUCUCACAGACUACUUUAGUGCCCUCUACAAAUCAUAUGGGUUGGCGCAUGGAUCACGACCUGCAGACUUUCCAGUGCUUAGUGGAGAUUUCUUUGCCUAUGCGGACCGUGAAGACCAUUACUGGACUGGCUAUUUUACAUCCCGCCCCUUUUAUAAGAGUUUGGACCGUGUUAUUGAGUCCCACCUCAGGGGUGCAGAGAUCCUUUACAGCUUGGCGGUUGCCAAUGCUCGCCACAUGUCCAUGGAGGGACGCUACCCAGUCUCAGAUUACGCUCUGCUUGUGGAUGCCAGGCGUUCUGUGGGGCUCUUCCAGCAUCAUGAUGCCAUCACUGGCACUGCGAAGGAGAAUGUUGUCAUUGACUAUGGCACUAGAUUGCUGCGGUCCCUCAUCGGCCUAAAAAGAGUAAUCAUCAAUGCUGCUCAUUUCCUGGUAAUGAAGAACAAAGAGUUUUAUCGCUUCUACCAGACAGAGCCUUUCCUGGAGACGGAUGAUAGACGCGCUACUCAAGACUCUUUACCUGAGCGCACUUUAAUCGAGCUGGACCCAGCAGGGCCAAGGUACCUGGUGCUGUUCAACCCAUUCGAGCAAGAGCGACUGUGUGCUGUGACCGUGUUGGUCAACACAGUCAAGGUGAGGGUCCUCACUGAAGACGGACAGACCGUGCCUGUGCAGUUGAGCGCUCAAUGGAGCUCAGCAAGUCAAAUGAGUGGAGAGGUGUUUGAGGUUACAUUCAUGGUGCGCCUGCCUCCACUGGGUCUCACCAUCUUCCACCUCUACAAUUCUCCAGACUCACCAAUGACACUCCUAUCUGACACCUUGCUUCGACUGCCGGGAAACUCACUGCCACACCGGGCUUCAGAUCCACUUCCUGUUCGGUCUCAGCAGACUGACACUAAGACCUUCUACGUCAGCAGCCAGUUUCUGACGCUGGGCUUCUCCGGCACCACGGGUCUGCUGGAGAGUAUCAAACGGAAAGAUGAUCCUGAGGAAGUGAAGGUGGAGAUGCAUUUCUUGGUGUAUGGAACUCGCAUCUCCAAGGACAAAAGUGGUGCUUAUCUGUUCCUCCCUGAUAAAAAAGCAACGCCAUACGAGUACAAGGAACCGCCCGCAGUGCGUUUAGUAGAGGGGCCUCUUUUCUCUGAAGUGGUGGCAUACUACCAACAUUUUCAGCAGACUAUUCGCAUCCACAAUGUGCCAGGUGUGGAUGGCCUGUCUGUGGACAUCACCACUUCGGUGGACAUCAGAGAUCAGGCAAAUAAGGAGUUGGCCAUGCGACUGGUCACCAACAUACAGAAUGGAGACGGCUUCUACACAGACCUCAAUGGCUUCCAGAUGCAACUUCGUCAGCGACACCUGAAGCUCCCGUUACAGGCCAACUUCUACCCAAUGCCAAGUCAGGCAUACAUCCAGGACAGCAAUCACAGACUGACGCUGCACACUGCUCAGUCUUUGGGUGUCAGCAGCCUGAGAAAUGGCGAACUCGAAGUUAUUUUGGACCGCCGACUGAUGCAGGAUGAUAAUCGUGGGCUGGGUCAAGGCCUUAAGGACAACAAAAGGACCGUCAACCGCUUCCGACUGCUUCUAGAAAGGAGAUCCGCAGGCAACAAGGCUGAUGGCUUCUUUGCCAAAGUCUUCUCCUUGUUUCACUCUCUCCUCUCCAAAAUGUUGAGUGACAGGGUUCAAGAGAUGACAGAUAGCACCACCACGAGCUUCCCCUCUGUGCUCAGUCACAUGACCAACGGCAUCCUGAAUCACAACGUUUUGGCACUGCCUGUCCUGCCCAAACGGCGUGGCAUCCCCCCCCUCCAAACCUUUGCACCGCUCAAGUCCAGCCUUCCCUGCGACUUCCACCUGCUCAACCUGCGCAGCAUCCAAAGCCAACAGGACCCCAACGCUCCGUCACCAUAUGCAGCAUUAAUUCUUCACCGUUUGGGUUUUGACUGUGGAUUGGACGCGCCCAACUUGGGCUUCAACUGCACCACCACCCAAGGACAGCUAAACAUUUCAAGCCUCUUUAAGGACGUGGAACUGCAGCUGCUCCAGCCUACGUCUUUGACAUUUAUGUAUUCAAGUCUUCCAUUGGCCAACCAUUCCACAGUCAGUCUGAAUCCGAUGGACAUCUCUGCCUUCAAGCUCAAAUUGCGCUAAGCUGCCCGAACCCAACGGGCUCAGACUCUUCAGGCCCAGAACGGGACCUCCACGGGCUGCAGACUGUGACAGAGGGUCGGGGUUUUGUCAAACCCAUUAUGCAGAACCACAGGCGAGUCGGAGAACGUUGGUCCAUUGCAACGUGGUAGCUGAUUGCUGUUUUGAACCACAGGAAACUGAACAUCUGACUGAGUUCUGCUAUGUAAGAAUGUUUUCUAUCCUGAAACUGAACUACUGAAUGUAAAUAUCCUAAUGAUGUGCGACUGGAAGGAUGGGAGCGAGGAUUCAUCAGGAGACAGUGCAAUUGACUAAGCUUGUUCUUCUUUCAGGUUUAUUGUUUUUAAAUUGUCUAUGUGCACAAUCAUUUUAGUUUCGAUAUAUUUUCAAUUUAAUGUCACGUUUCUCCUUUUUUUUUUUUGUCUCAAUGCAGCAAAGAGAUUGUGUGAUGUGGACAUUUGGAAACACAGGUGGUCUCAUUUCACUGCCGCCACAAUGUGAUCAUGACUCAUGAAAGCUCCAUAGUCACUGUCACUGUUUUGCUUCUUUAUGCUCAUCAUUAUCAGUCGUCUAUGGAGAACAUUUGUCUUCAUUCUCAUGUCACGUCACUGCAUAUUUUGUUGGGCUGAACACAUUUCAUGCUCCUGGCUUGUGCAAAAUUCACAAAUACGGAAUUUUAAUUACAAUUGAAAUAGCUCCACCCUACAGAAUGUUUAAUUUGAAUGACAGGAAGUAGAAUUAAAUUAAUUGCGUAUCAAAUAAAUUCAUUAAAUGCAAGUAAAAGAAAACAGCUUGGUUUUGACCUAAAUUCUUUACAACGGGAUACUUUACAAACACUCAAAAUAAAUACGUUUUUUUUAAAUAAUUGCAUUCUGGUAAAUGAGGCAUUUUUACCAAAUUUUCCAUAAUUUCAAGGUAACAAUAGCAACAAUGUAUUUUCAUUUUACACCCACAUUAUUAAGUAUUGGCAUACUAGCAAGAUAGCGCCAAGUGACAAUAUCCAUGACUUUUUAGUUUCUUAACUACAUUUGGUAACAUUUAAAGUUUUGAUAUGCCAUCGAGUAGCAAAAAUGGCAGCACUAAGGACAGAAAGUGUGAAAUGUCCUUAACGAAUUGAGCAUUUUGACUUCAUAACAGUAUGAAUCGGUCAAGAAAUGUGGGAGUAGUUAAUUCUGGAAUACAACAAAAUGAUCUGUUGGAAUUUCAAUUAUGUGUCCUUUGAAUGUCAUUUGUCAAUCUAAAUUCAAUUAUUCUUCCUGUUUGCAACCCAAAUUGAAAUUGAUUGAAUUGGAAUUUGGGAGAUAUUCUCAAUUUAAUGUGGAUUUUUGCAUAAGUCCAGUGUGCUCAUCUGAUGCUAUACACCACAAAAAUGGGCAGAAGUCUUAGGCCACCAGAUUGUUGUUUUUUAAUGAUAUUUUUCACAGCAUUCAUUUCAAUGCAGUAAAAUAUAAUUUUGCAACAAAUACCACAUGUAAGGGUGACCUAAAGCUUUUGCACAAUCCUGAUACAGAUGCAACUCACAGAAAGUUGGGGCUUAAUGGGUGAAAUGUAACAUUUACAUGCAAAUUUAACAAUGAACACUAGGUUCAUCCUGAAAUGUUUAGUGACUUAGUGCAGAGUGAGCAAGUGCUGUAAAGCGGGACUGCAAGUUUGUCUUCGGUUGUGGGAAAUUCCUAUAUUCAAAUCACUGAUCAAGUUCACAGCCGCAAGAGAGAUUUCAUUUGCAAUGAGAUUAUUCAAUUCCAGUACUCCACCAGUGACAUUCCAGGAAGUCUUGUAAUCAUGAGGAAACAUUUUUUAUGCACUUAAUGUGUCUGCUGUUUUUCUAAAAGUUUAAAUUGAUGUUUUUGAUUUGUUGUUGCAAAGUACACAGUCGGCACACACGAACUGCAGCAGCCUAAUAAGCAUAUAAUGUGUGUGGAGUGACCCACUUUUAAAACAAAAUUCAACCUCUACAGAUAUUACUGCACAAUGCAUCACUGCCUUCAAUGGGACUGUGAACACUGUCACCCUUAAAAAAAAGAAAUCCAUUACUUAACAUGACCAAAUUGCUGGUUUCCCUCUGGAGGUCUUGUCACACAUGAACAUGUUCUCCGCUGUCUUCCAUUAGCACUUCUUUGAUUGUCACUUCCGUCCUUUUCCAUCACCUUUUUUCUAUUGUGCGUCUCGUCUGUCCGUUAAACUGUCCUUCAUAAAAACGAGGGUGAAAAAGAGCUGUGGUAAGGUAAUAAAAAGGAGGCAAUUAGGCUCUCUUCUGUGUUCCAUUGUGUAUAAAAUGCAAAAGAAGAUAAUAAAGAUGAAUAACUGAUUGGGCGGUUGACACACA